CAAUCGAUAGUUUUAAAUCGAUUAAAAGUAAAAAAGUUUAUUAGACGUUCGAUAGUUUUGAAGUUAUCAUUAACAACUGUUGGAAGAAUAUAAAAAGAAGAAGAAUAAGAAGAAAGUGAAGUUAAAGGAAUUCGACAAAACGAAGAAAGAGAAAAAUCAUUUAAAUCUUAAAACAACAACAACAACAAAACAAUAACCUCCCGCCCGCCGCAAACAUUAAUCCCCCUAUUGAGGGAUCGCGCACGAACGAGCGAGUGGAGUGUGGUUGGGGGGGGGUGGGGGGGGGGGAGGGUGAAUAAUAUUCGUGUGCGCGAAAGAAAUUAUUCUUCAAAAGAUUUGAAGGGAUGUCACGGAGAAAGCAGGCCCGACCGAGCCGUGCCCAUCUCGAGGAGGAUCUUGUUCAGGGCCAACUCCUGAUCGAUCAUCAUCCGGUUGGAAGCAUCGUUAACGAGAUCAGGGAAGAAAAUGAUUUCACAUCGGACGGCGAGGAGAGCGGCGGCGGUGGUGGUGGUGGAGGAGGAGGAGGAGGAGGAGACGAAGCGGUUGAUCUUACUGCAGCCCGAACGCAUCACGGAGACGAGGAUGAGAAGGAUCAAGAGGAUCCUUUGGAGGAGGACGAGGACGGCGUCGACGAGCAAGACGAACAGGAUGAGGACGAAGAGGGCACGCGAAAACAAAUGCACCAUCGACAGGACGCAGAAAAUAAUAACAAUUUCGUGGAGGGUGGUGCGAGUAGCGGGAUAUUUCCACCGGCCGGUACUAGUCACGUCACACUCGAAGCCCUUCAAAACACUAAAGUGGCCGUCGCCCAAUUCGCGGCCACUGCAUUAUCGGGCGGGGCGGACAGCGAGGCAGCCCUACAGGACUUGGCCCUCCUGCAAAGCACCCUAUAUACGCUGCAACAUCAGCAGGUUUUUCAAUUGCAGCUGAUAAGUCAGUUGCAACAACAAUUGUCAAUAACUCACAAUCAAUCGUUGCCGCAAUCGUCGACGGCCGAACCGUCGAACAACAGCAAGGAAGCUUCGCCGUCUCCCGUGCUCCAUCCAAAAGCAAUAUCAACGUUAACCUCGCCUACCUCCUGCCAAUCGCCCAGCGGUAGUCAUCGGCAACAAAGCUCGCCGGCCCCGGCAACGCCUAAUCUGCCCCAAGAACGGCCCACGCCUAGCAGCAGUGCUUCUCCUCUCAAUUUGCCGCUCCAACCUACGCCGAACGUCUCCUCGAACGUCGUAUCAACGACGAGUAAUAGUAGCAGUCUAGCAUUGUCCCAUCAAAUGCCACCGCUAUGCUCUAUAAGUUCCUCGUUGGCGUCCUCGAUAAUAACCAAUACGGAUCCACCGCCGCUUCACGAACCUAACACCCUCGAAAUGCUACAGAAACGUGCGCAAGAGGUGUUGGACAAUGCCAGUCAAGGACUACUCGCUAAUAACCUCGCGGACGAGCUCGCCUUCAGGGGUGGCAAGGGAUCUCGGCUUUCGCCUUACGACUCGAAAUCGGGCGGCACCAGGGGAGAGCAUUUCUUCAAGCACCGAUGUCGCUACUGCGGCAAGGUUUUCGGCAGCGACUCGGCCCUACAGAUCCACAUACGAUCCCAUACAGGUGAGCGACCCUUUAAAUGCAACGUCUGCGGCAGCCGAUUCACAACGAAGGGAAACCUCAAGGUCCACUUCCAGAGACACACGGCUAAAUUUCCGCACGUUAAAAUGAACCCGAAUCCCGUCCCCGAGCAUCUCGACAAGUAUCACCCGCCUCUCCUUCAGCAGAUAGCCUCGGGUCAAAGGCCGAUGCCGUCUACGCCACCUCCGCCUCCUUCGCAUCAUCCCCCCCCGUUUCAUCCAGCAGCUACGGCCCACGGAUUUCUCCCUCCUCAGCCGCCCCUGCCUCUAUCUCUCACCUUACCCGGAAUGCCACCCCUUUACCGUUCUCCCAUUAUUAAUCAUCGCGACGACCAGGAAUUACCGGAAAACUUGAGUAAACCGCCCGUAACCACGGUACCGACGGCCACCUCGCCCCUCUCCCCUGCUGCUCUAUCCAAUUCCCAUCAUUCCUCCUUCCACGAUAAUCAUCAACAACAGCAGCAGCACCAGCAGCAGCACCACCACCAACAGCUACAACAAAAACAACAGCUCGAGCAAGAGGAAAUCAAAAUGGAGCAGCGUUCACCCCUUCAGGAAAGAUACCAGCAACGACCGACCAGCAGAGAUGGUAACGAUAGAAUAACGCCGAAGAAAGAACCCGAGGACACCGAGGAACCAGUCGAAGAAGAGACCGAAGAUUUCGAAGAAACUACGAGGCGAUAUCUUGCUUCUCCUCCCUCUUCGGUUAACAACCCACCCUCCCAACCGCAAACCUAUGAAGAUUGUAGUAUGGAUAGUAAGAUAAGUGGCAGAUUGGAGGCCGAUGGUGACAUGGAGGUGGACGAGGAGACCGAGGAACAACCGGAAAAUCUUUCUAGUCGAGGAACGGCCGGUCGUUUGCCUCAACAAAUCGUCGCUUAUCCCGGAGCAUCGCCGGCCAGUAGCAGUGCGAGUAGCGGAAGCGUUCAAACAUCUUUCGCCGGGAUUCUAUUCCCUGGGCCAACAACCAUUCACCAAAUACCCCAUCACACCGUCGUAAACGCGACCGCCCCACCGACCGUUUCGGCGACCGAGAUGAUCGUCGAUCCAUCCAAGGAUCCAGCGAUAUACUCAAGUCUUUUACCAAGACCCGGAAGCAACGACAAUUCCUGGGAAAGUCUUAUAGAAAUAACGAAAACGUCGGAGACGUCGAAAUUGCAACAAUUGGUCGACAACAUUGAACACAAAUUGACAGAUCCCAAUCAAUGCGUCAUAUGUCACAGAGUACUCUCUUGUAAGAGCGCUCUGCAAAUGCAUUAUCGAACGCAUACGGGAGAACGUCCAUUCAAAUGUAAAAUUUGCGGACGAGCCUUUACCACGAAAGGUAAUCUUAAAACCCACAUGGGUGUACACCGUGCUAAACCCCAGUUACGAGUGUUUCAUCAAUGUCCCGUUUGUCAUAAAAAAUUCACUAACGCACUCGUCCUACAACAACAUAUACGUCUGCAUACGGGCGAGCCUACCGAGCUCAGUUUAGAACAGAUACAAGCGGACGAAGUUGGGGAACUCCCUCCAGGCUACGCGCAUCAUCCGUUAGCUACCUUCCUACCUCAAGUAUUUCCACCGAUUCAUCCGUCGAGCUCGGGUUUCACUUUAGGAUUUCCACCGACCCGACAACCUGCCGUUGAACGGCAACAUCCGAAAAACGACGCCGAUCUUAAGGAAGAAUCCCAGUCACAGCAACACCAACACCAACAUCACCAUCAGCCGGAACAGCAUCAUCAUCAACAUCAACAUCAACUUAAUCAGCAACCACAACAUCCACAACAUCCACAACAACAAAAUCAACAACAGCAACAUCAACAUAGAUACAUGGAUGAACAUAACGAGGAAGUGGAAGAGCAAGAAGACGAAGAGGAAGAUCGGAGGGAGGACGACGAGAGGUGCGAGAUCAAUCGCGAUAGGUGUAUACCGGAUACUGAAGAGGAACAGGAUCACGAGACAGAGGAAAGCGAACAAAGGGAAAUUUCCCCGUCGAAUUUCUCAACGUCUUUGGUUGCAUUGGAAAAUCAAGUACGAACGAUUACGACUACGGCGAUUGGUACGGGAUCGAGUGUCCUUGCCAGAUCACCUACGUAUCAUCGUUACAACGGGAGCGAAAAAAGCAAUAGCCCUCCAAGUGGUGGUGCACCCCUUGAUCUGACCCCACGAGCCUCUUCUACUCCGGCAUCGGUGUCGUCAGCAGCAACCCCGCCACCCCAGACGACGACGACACCCCAUCACGCGCCGCAUCCUUUCGGAAUGUUCGCAGGACUCUUGCAGACGGUCUCCUCCCCAUCCACCAGCACUAUGGGCUCAUCAUCCAGCAUAAACAGUGUUACUUCGAUGAAUACCGUCCCACCUCCUCCUGGCAGCAGUGCCACCGGACCUCUAGCAUCUCUGACAUCGUCGGCAGUUCUCGCUGCUACAUCGACUUACAAUCCGCUCGGCCUAGCUGUCGGAGGGCCAGCAGUACGUGGAAACACUACGUGUAAUAUCUGCUACAAGACAUUUGCGUGCAACUCUGCUCUGGAGAUUCAUUAUCGAAGUCACACGAAGGAGCGGCCUUUUAAAUGCACCGUAUGCGACAGAGGAUUUUCAACAAAGAAUGCUGGAUCAGACGUAUGCUCCUCGUGCGCGGAACAACGAAAGCCCUUUACCAUAAAGGGCACUCCUCAACAAACGAAUAACCGAUAUCAGAACGAGGAUAGAAGAACGUCGACUAGCGGAAACGAGGAGAAACCCAAACGCAGGCGGCGGAGGCCUGAGGAACGGAAGAACCGGGGGCGGACCGGGACCGGAGGGGGGCGGGGGCUGACGUCUAUCUAUUCAACCGUCCGCCUGCCCCCGCUGAUGCCACCCGCCCUCGGACUUCUCACCUCGGACCACGUCUUCCUGGGCAACAUGAAACAGCACAUGCUGACACACAAAAUACGCGAUAUGCCAUCCCACCUCUUCGCCGAUGCGAAACAACAACAACCACCACCACCACCACCACCAUCACAACAACAACAACAACAACAACAACAACCACAACCACACCAACAACAACAACAACAACAACAGAGCCAGGAUCACGAGAGUUCUAGGAGUCCAAUGUGCAGCGAUGAUUUGAGUUUACCACCACCACCUCUUCCUCCACCACCACCACCACCACCGGUACCGCCAACGUCGAUCGAGUCAGGUGUACCAAUGAAGAGAUCUCCACCUGAGGGUGAUCUUCCGGCACCGAAAAGACUAGCCAGCGUGCCGAGCAAACACUUGUGCCAGAUUUGCAAUAAGAAUUUCUCAUCAUCUUCGGCCCUCCAGAUCCAUAUGAGAACCCAUACUGGCGACAAACCAUUCCGAUGCACCGUCUGCGCUAAGGCCUUCACCACCAAGGGUAAUUUAAAGGUACACAUGGGCACCCAUAUGUGGACCAACGGGGCCCACCGGCGAGGGCGACGCAUGUCGUUGGAUCUGCCACCUCUGCCCAUCACACCCAAGGACUCGGACUUUCUUCAACGACGACCGGAUCUUUUCUAUCCUUAUCUACCCGCGCCAUUCCUUAACGGAGUACAACAAAAGUUGAACGAGAUAUCGGUGAUCCAAAGUAACAACGGAUUGCCAACGCAUUCUGUAGGAGCUGCAAAGUAUGCCGGAUUAUUCGGUACCGUUUAUGGUGGAAACGGAGGAGGUGGUUUUCCUGGUGACAAACAACCAAUGGCACCAACUAGCAACGGGCCUUUGGUAGAUGGUAAACCAGCUAUACCGACUGGCUCGAUGCUAUUUCAGACACCGUCGCCGUCACAUUCACCUGGUACACCAUCAUCCAACAGCGGCAAUCAAAAUUCGGCUAGUAUGCCAUCGUGGACGACGAGUCCUGGCGAUCCCCUUCAACAUCAUUUCGACAGAGAACCACCUGGUAGAACGGAAAACGCAUCAACACCACCUUCGGCAAGAUUACCACCACCUUCGGCGCCUAGGGGCGAAGGGUUGGCCGCGUGAACCUCGACAUAUCCUUGGAUUUUAUCGUAAAAUCCGUACUCGCUAUUUAUGUACAGUAUAGG